CAUCUCUUUGUUGUCAGCCCAGAGCCUGCGAGCUGUGUGUGCAUCUAAUGCAGCCCUGGUCCCUGCCUGUCCGCCGCACCUGCUUCCUAGAGAAAGGCUGCGAACAGCGGCGGCUGCAAGAAAAUAACUUUCGACCCCGGUUCUCCUCGUUCUCCGUUCUGCAAGAGAGGCUGGGACUGGUUCAGAUGCUGUGGAGCGUCCCCUUCCCAGCACAGGACUCGAGGCUGCUCUCUGCCUUUGUGUGUUGAACGCCGGCACUGGCUUGGGGCAACCCGUUCGGUUUCCUGCUUCCUCGUCGGAUUGUUGCUAUCUGAGCCGCGGGGGAGAGGCUUUGGCUGCCAGGGUAGGAUGGUGGAUCUGGAGAGUGAGGUGCCUCCUCUUCCUCCCAGGUACAGGUUUCGGGAUUUGCUGCUAGGAGACCAAGGAUGGCAGAACGACGACAGGGUACAAGUUGAAUUUUAUAUGAAUGAAAAUACAUUUAAAGAGAGACUGAAGCUAUUUUUCAUCAAAAACCAAAGAUCAAGUCUCAGAAUACGAUUGUUCAAUUUUUCUCUCAAGUUAUUAAGCUGUUUGUUAUAUAUAAUUCGAGUGCUCCUGGAUGAUCCUACACAAGGACAUGGAUGCAAGGAAUUAAACAGGGGCUGUUCCAGUCAAAACUACACACCUGCAAAGAUUGAUUGGUCUCCUAUUAUUUGGGUGAACAGAAGCUUGCCUUUAUGGGGAUUACAGGUUUCAGUGGCUUUGAUAAGUCUGUUUGAAACAAUGCUGCUGGGUUAUCUGAGCUACAAGGGAAACAUCUGGGAACAAGUUUUGCGAAUACCCUUCCUCCUGGAAAUAAUCAACGCUGUCCCCUUUAUCAUUACAAUUUUCUGGCCUGCACUAAGAAACCUAUUUAUUCCAGUAUUUUUAAAUUGCUGGCUUGCCAAACAUGCUUUGGAGAACAUGAUUAAUGAUCUCCAUAGAGCCAUUCAACGUACACAGUCUGCAAUGUUUAACCAAGUUCUUAUUUUAAUAUCCACAUUGCUGUGUCUUAUCUUCACCUGUAUUUGCGGAAUUCAGCAUCUGGAGCGAGCAGGAAACAAGUUGACUCUCUUUGACUCCCUUUAUUUCUGCAUAGUGACAUUUUCCACUGUGGGCUUUGGGGAUGUUACACCCAAGAUCUGGCCUUCAAAACUGCUGGUUGUCAUUAUGAUCUGUGUUGCCCUUGUGGUGUUGCCCAUACAGUUUGAACAGCUGGCUUAUUUGUGGAUGGAGAGACAGAAGUCUGGGGGUAACUACAGUCGACACAGAGCUCAGACAGAGAAACAUGUGGUACUGUGUGUCAGCUCCCUGAAGAUUGACUUGCUUAUGGAUUUCUUAAAUGAGUUCUAUGCUCAUCCCAGACUGCAGGACUAUUAUGUGGUUAUUUUGUGUCCUACUGAGAUGGAUGCUCAAGUGAGAAGGGUGUUGCAAAUUCCAAUGUGGUCUCAAAGAGUUAUCUAUCUGCAAGGCUCAGUACUGAAAGAUCAGGACCUGUUGAGAGCUAAGAUGGAUGAUGCCGAGGCCUGUUUCAUUCUGAGUAGCCGGUGCGAAGUGGACAGGACAGCAGCGGAUCAUCAAACCAUUUUAAGAGCCUGGGCAGUUAAAGACUUUGCUCCAAAAUGUCCUUUAUAUGUCCAAAUAUUAAAACCCGAAAAUAAAUUCCACAUCAAGUUUGCAGAUCAUGUUGUAUGUGAAGAGGAGUUCAAAUAUGCUAUGCUAGCUUUAAACUGUAUCUGCCCAGCUACUUCUACGCUAAUCACCCUGCUGGUUCAUACCUCUAGAGGACAAACAGCACCUUGGGAAGCUUUUAGACAUCUAACUGGAACCAAGCAGACUUUAACCAGGGAGGGUCAACAAUCACCAGAACAGUGGCAGAAAAUGUACGGCCGAUGCUCUGGUAAUGAAGUGUAUCACAUUAAUCUGGAGGACAGUACGUUUUUUGCUGAAUAUGAGGGAAAGAGCUUUACAUAUGCUUCUUUCCAUGCACAUAAAAAGUUUGGAGUCUGUUUGAUUGGUGUUAGGAGGGAAGAUAACAAAAACAUUUUGCUGAAUCCAGGCCCUCGAUAUAUUAUGAGCUCUACAGAUAUAUGUUUUUAUAUCAACAUUACCAAAGAAGAAAAUUCAGCUUUUAAAAAGCAAGAACAGCAUAGAAAAAAUAAUGAAUCCAAAUCAUACUACCAUGGACCUUCUAGGUUGCCCUUGCACAGUGUAAUUGCCAGUAUGGGGACCGUGGCUAUAGAUUUACAAGAUACAGGAUGUAGAUCUUCCAGUGGACCUACCCUAACCCUUCCUUCAGAGGGAAGUAAAAAUGGCAGAAGAUCUAGCAUAGCACCUGUUUUGGAGGUUGCAGACUCCUCAUCACUUCAAGCGUGUGAUCUUCUAAGUGACCAGUCAGAGGAUGAAACUACUCCAUCAGAUGAUGACAUUUCUACAGGUUUAGAGUAUGCUAAAGGUUAUCCUCCUUACUCUCCUUAUAUUGGAAGUUCUCCCACAUUUUGCCAUCUGCUGCAUGAAAAAGUGCCAUUUUGUUGUUUAAGACUGGACAAGGGGUGCCAACAUAACUACUAUGAAGAUGCCAAAGCCUAUGGAUUCAAAAAUAAAUUGAUUAUAGUUGCAGCAGAGACAGCUGGAAAUGGCUUAUACAACUUUAUUGUUCCACUCAGAGCUUAUUACAGACCAAAGAAAGAACUCAACCCUAUAGUAUUACUUCUGGAUAACCCGCCAGAUAUGCAUUUUCUGGAUGCAAUCUGUUGGUUUCCAAUGGUUUACUACAUGGUGGGCUCUAUUGACAACCUAGAUGAUUUGCUAAGAUGUGGGGUGACCUUCGCUGCCAACAUGGUAGUUGUGGACAAGGAAAGUACUAUGAGUGCUGAGGAAGACUAUAUGGCAGAUGCCAAGACUAUUGUAAAUGUGCAAACUCUCUUUAGGUUAUUUUCAAGUCUAAGCAUAAUCACAGAACUAACUCACCCAGCCAAUAUGAGAUUCAUGCAGUUCAGAGCCAAAGACUGCUACUCUCUUGCGCUAUCAAAGCUGGAAAAGAAAGAACGUGAGAAGGGUUCUAAUCUGGCAUUUAUGUUUCGACUGCCUUUUGCUGCUGGAAGGGUUUUCAGCAUCAGUAUGUUGGACACCCUGCUGUACCAGUCAUUUGUGAAGGAUUAUAUGAUCUCUAUCACAAGACUUCUGCUGGGACUAGAUACCACACCAGGAUCUGGGUUUCUUUGUUCUAUGAAAAUCACAGAAGAUGACCUAUGGAUUAGGACAUAUGCCAGACUAUAUCAGAAACUUUGUUCUUCAACAGGAGAUAUUCCUAUUGGAAUCUAUAGAACUGAAUCACAAAAACUUACAACAUCUGAGUCACGAGAAAUGGCUUCACAAUCUCAAAUUUCUAUUAGUGUCGAAGAAUGGGAAGACACCAAAGACACCAAAGAACAAAUAAACAACCGCAAUAACCAUCGUAACUCCACAUCCAGCGAUCAGUCAGAUCAUCCCUUAUUACGACGGAAGAGCAUGCAGUGGGCCCGACGGCUGAGCAGAAAAGUGCCAAAGCACUCCGGCAAAACAGCGGAGAAAAUAAGUCAGCAGCGGAUGAGCCUUUACAAGAGGUCAGAAAGACAGGAACUUGCUGAACUUGUGAAGAACAGAAUGAAGCACUUGGGACUUUCCACAGCAGGAUAUGAUGAAAUGAAUGAUCAUCAAAACACCCUCUCUUACAUCCUGAUCAAUCCUUCUCCAGAUACAAGACUAGAGCUGAAUGAUGUUGUUUACUUGAUCCGACCCGAUCCAUUGGCAUACGUUCCAAAUACCGCAUCCAGCCGAAAAAAUAGCUUCUGCAAUACCGUUGGACAAGACGCCAGAGAGGAAACACAACUUUGAUAUAUUAUUCUGCUGGAUGAUAAGAGACCAUUUUUAUAUUGUUUCCAGUAACUGCUUUGAAAUCUAAUCAAAAUGGAAUGUUUAUAUUUUGUUCAGAUCUAAUUGGACCAGAGAGAACGCUAUCUGAUAAGUGGGCAAGAAUUCAAGUUGGGAAAAUAUGUACUCUAAACUAAAGUGAUUGCCAUGUCUGUAGCCUAUUCUAGUAAUUUUGGAAAUGGAACUGUGUCACACAUUAAUGGAGUGAUUAUGAAAAGCUAUAUUACAUUUUAACAAUCUAAUCAGAACAAAUUCCAUCAGCAUGAAUUUAAUUGCUGCUUCUAAAUGUUAUGUUUAUCAAAGAGAUAGUGAAUCGCUAACUAAGCCUCUGACCCAUAACUUGAAAGAAUAUCAAUGUGCAAAACAUAUAAAAUGCCUACACA